AUGUUCCAGCAGCAGUGAGGACAGACAGGAGAAAAGAUGAGGAAACAGACUGAUAUCAUCAAGGCAUGGAUGCUGCUUCUUACCAUGUGGUUCCAGAUUGAGGCUGCUGCAGGCCUGCUGAAAGUUGAGCUAAGCCAGGACGAAGGCAUUGAAGGUAACACCAUCAGCCACUCAAAAGUCCUGGUGCAGCGUCUGGAAGCCCUGCUGGUUCAGGGGAAUGGAAGUGAUGUGUCUCUACGUGUGGAGACGCCCAAUGCAGAUGAAGUGAAGAUGAUCCAAGCUCACUCCUUGGUGCUCUCCUUGCAGAGCCCAGUGUUUGCAGGGAUGCUGCAGAGCCACAACAGCAGCACUAUGGUGCUAAGAGAGAGCUCGGACUGCGCCGCUGUGUUUGACAAGUUCAUCAGAUAUCUGUAUUGUGGAGAAAUUUCUCUUCGUCUUGAACAGGCCACUCCUCUGCACAAGCUGGCCACCAAGUACCAAGUGCAGAGUCUCCAGCAGGGUGUCACCCUCUAUAUGACCCAGAAUCUGGCUAGAGACUCCCCCUCAGGUCAUGUGGCAGGCUGGUAUGAGUAUGCUCUGCAGACAGGGGACAUUGACCUGAGGGAUAAAUGUCUGCAGUACCUGGCCUGGAACCUGUCUGCAGUGCUGCAGAGCGGAGAAUGGGUGACCAUCAGCAGCCAACUGCUCAUGACACUGCUGCAGCGCUCUGACCUUGUCCUCCAGAGUGAGAUGGAGCUGUUUGCAGCUCUGGAGGCCUGGAUUAUCAAUAACGAGCCUGAUGGUUUGACUGUGGAGAAUGCAUUAAGAGCUGUACGUUAUGCCAUGAUGCCCCCCAGGGAGCUUUUCCGUCUUCAGACCCAAUCUACAGUCCUGGCUCGCUAUCAGGAGUCAGUCCGUGACCUGCUGUACAUGUCCUACCAGUUUCACUCUGCCUCGCCACUACAGAUGGCAAAAUUCUUUGAUGUGAAUUGUAGCCUUUUUGUCCCAAGAAAUUACCUGUCUACAGCUUGGGGUUCACCGUGGAUUAUCAACAAUCCAACACGGGAUGACCGCAGCACCAGCUUCCAAACUCAACUGGGGCCCAGCAGCCACGAUGCCAGCAAACGAGUGACCUGGAAUGCCAUGUUCUCACCACGCUGGUUACCUCUCAGCAUGAGGCCGAUGUACACAGAGACUGGUGCCAUGCAGCCGACUCGUGUUGAAGGAGGGCGCCCUCGCAUCAUAAUCACUCCAGCCACAUCCAGUGCAGAUUUUGCAGGUGUGAACUUCCAGAAAACGGUACUUGUAAUGGCUCAACAGCAUGGUAAGCUGUUCGUCAAGCACGUCUACAACUUCCACCAGAGCACGGAGGAAAAUGGUGACUUCUUAGCCGAAGCCGACCUGUAUCUGCGCACAUCUGAUUACCUCAUUGACAGCUCCCUCUUUCUCCAUGUUGUGGUGAAACCAUUAUACCAAACCCUCAUAACCCCUAAAAACUGAUCCUUCUAAUUUGACCAAUCCAGCCCUCAUUCAUAUCUGAAUCCUAGCUGGGUCUUCUUUGUGUCUUUUCACAUAAAAGUACUGUUUUCAUUGGGCAACUAAGAUUUUGAGUGUUCUUGUCUGAUGACAAUAUUCAAGAAGGAAAUCAGAGUUAAAAUCUCAUAGCUUGGUGCUGCUCCCAGUUGUUGCACUAUCGACUAAAUCCCAUUGAAAAUCCAAAAUGCUUAAAAAGCUUUU